GUGCUAACAAGGUAGCAGUUGGAGUUGGAGUUGGUGUUGGUCUUAUCGUGGUUGUUGCUGCUGCUCUUGUUAUCUGGCGAGUGAGGCAGGGAAACAAUGGGGGACGGCAGAAUGUGCGCUUCAAGACGAGCACCACAGGAAGUUCAAUAACAUGGACUGACCGCUGCCAGAGGAUUACAGAGCAGGGGACGACAUUUGAAACAUUUUUCUUUUACAACCUCACACACAUUUUAAAAUCGGGUCUUUCAUUCUUAUUCUUAUUCUUAAGAACUCAUUCUUAUUCCUUUGCUUCUAACUCAGUAGUAGCUUUAUUAUCAUUAUGGUUUUUAUCGCUUUUUAUAUUUUUUUUCUUUGUGUUUUUCUAUGAUUUUGCCAGUUUUGAUUUUACAGCACUGUUGUUUCUGAAUGUCCUUUAAAAUAAAUUUGACUUGACUACAUGAAUGAUGUAGUCCUGUGGUUAUCUUUGACAUUAAAUUUGUUCUGAGAUCAGUAACUUUGAGGAUUUUACACAAACAACAUACGAUCAUCUCGGGCUGUAAAAUACUGUACAGUGUGUUGAACGGAUUCACUCUGUUUAAUAAGUAACUCAACUAGUUCAUCACUGAAAUACUGCUCAGUAAUAAAAAUAUAACACUGA